AAUGAAUGAAUGUGAACACCAUGCCCAAGCUAGGAGCUGCACACUUCUCCCCCCACUCUGGCUCACUCCUUCCUAGCUUUGCUCCCUCAAUGGCAUUAACUGCCACCCAACAACCCGCUCACCCACCAUCUCCUCCCCAACCCCAGCACCACCUCCUCUAUAUCUGAACACCUCCGCCCCCUUCUCACCUCAUCACACUACCGCACCUCGUUGGUAUCCCACCUCAGUCAUGGCGCGGGAGGAGCAGGCGCUGCUGUCGACGGAGAUCGUCAACCGCGGCGUGGAGCCGUCGGGCCCGGACGCCGGCUCGCCGACCUUCUCGGUGCGCGUGCGCCGCCGGCUGCCGGACUUCUUGCAGUCGGUGAACCUCAAGUACGUCAAGCUGGGGUACCACUACCUCCUCAGCCACGGCGUGUACCUGGCCACCAUCCCGGUCAUCGUGCUCGUCUGCGGCGCCGAGGUCGGCAGCCUCAGCCGCGACGAGCUGUGGCGCAAGGUCUGGGACGAGGCCACCUACGACCUCGCCACCGUGCUCGCCUUCCUCGCCGUCCUCGCCUUCACCAUCUCCGUCUACAUCAUGUCCAGGCCCAGGCCCAUCUACCUCAUCGACUUCGCAACAUACAAGCCCGCGGACGAACUCAAGGUCUCCAAGGCGGAGUUCAUUGAUCUUGCGCGCAAGUCGGGCAAGUUCGACGAGGAGAGCCUGGCGUUCCAGGCGCGGCUGCUGGCCAAGUCCGGCAUCGGGGACGAGUCCUACAUGCCGCGCUGCGUCUUCCAGCCCGACGCCAACUGCGCCACCAUGAAGGAAGGCCGCGCCGAGGCCUCCGCCGCCAUGUUCGCUGCGCUCGACGAGCUCUUCGAGAAGUGUCACGUCCGCCCCAAGGACGUCGGCGUGCUCGUCGUCAACUGCAGCCUCUUCAACCCGACGCCGUCCCUCUCCGCCAUGAUCGUCAACCACUACAAGAUGCGCGGCAACAUCCUCAGCUACAACCUCGGCGGCAUGGGCUGCAGCGCGGGGGUCAUCUCCAUCGACCUGGCGCGCGACAUGCUGCAGGCCAGCGGCGCCGGGCUCGCCGUCGUCGUGAGCACCGAGGCUGUGUCUUUCACCUGGUACGCCGGGAAGCGCCGGUCCAUGCUCAUCCCGAACGCCUUCUUCCGCGCCGGGUGCGCCGCCGUGCUGCUGUCCAACCGGCGCCGGGACUUCCGCCGCGCCAAGUACCAGCUGGAGCACGUGGUGCGCACGCACAAGGGCGCCGACGACCGCAGCUUCCGGUCCGUGUACCAGGAGGAGGACGAGCAGCGGAUCAAGGGGCUCUCCAUCAGCCGCGACCUGGUGGAGGUCGGGGGCCACGCGCUCAAGACCAACAUCACCACCCUCGGCCCGCUCGUGCUCCCCUUCUCCGAGCAGCUCCUGUUCUUCGCCGGCGUGCUGUUCCGCCACCUGUACCCGUCCAAGACAUCCACCGCCGCCGCCGACAGCCGAAGGGGCACCUCGGCGGCCGCGCCCUACAUCCCGGACUUCAAGCGCGCGUUCGAGCACUUCUGCAUGCACGCGGCGAGCCGCGACGUGCUGGAGCACCUGCAGAGCAACCUGGGCCUCCGCGACACCGACCUGGAGGCCUCCCGCGCUGCGCUGCACCGCUUCGGCAACACGUCCAGCAGCAGCAUCUGGUACGAGCUGGCGUACCUGGAGGCCAAGGGACGCGUCCGCCGCGGUGACCGCGUCUGGCAGCUCGCCUUCGGCUCCGGGUUCAAGUGCAACAGCGCCGUGUGGCGCGCCGUCCGCCGCGUGCGCCGCCCGUCCAGGAGCCCGUGGCUGGACUGCGUCGACCAGUACCCGGCGCGCAUGGACGCCUGAUCGACCGGAGCAGGCGUGCUAUCAAUCAAGCGAGACAAAAACACGUACGUCGUCGCAUCCGGCCGUCUCUGGGUAAGUGCAGGCUAAUGAAACGAUAUCAAUUUGCACGCAAGUGCGUGCAGUGCCACUGGUUAAGGUUUGAACUUUGUUUGAUUUGUGUUGCUCUUGUAGCGGUUACUUAUCUAAGGAGUUUAAUCAUAGACUACGUACCAUAAUGCGCAACUGUAUGUGCGCGCUCUCUGUAACUUAUAUGUGAACUUAAUUAUCUACGUGCCAUUUUAUUACUUUGA